AUGUUACUUUUACAAUUUUACAGAGUAAUAAACAAGAGGGUGCUGGAGCCGGCAUCGUACUCAGUAUCCGCUGACCGACGGUUCCUGCUGCUGGCUCAGAGUAUCAGCAAGAUACACCGGCAUUCCUACCUCGCGAAAUACACUGUCUACGAUAUACUCACCACGGAAUCCUAUCCACUCACACCGCUGCCUGACGAAGUAGGGGGUGUCAUAACAGAAGGUCCUCCCCUGCUACUGGCCGCUUGGACACCUAAAGGUCACGGACUGAUCACUGUGAAGGACUACGACAUAUUCUACAGGCCUGCACCGAGGUCGUCCACUGGUUACAGGGUCACGGAGACGGGCGUACCUGGGACCAUACACAACGGAGUACCGGAUUGGCUUUACGAAGGUAAUUACUGA